AUGGGUUCAUUGUUACUGAUGAUCAGAAGCCCCAGCGAGAACGAAGAGCAAGGACGUGGAACUUUGAUAGAAAAGUUCGAAUUAUAUACACAGACCCAGAUGCUACAGAUUGUUCCAGCGAAGAAGAAGGUGAAACCCUGGCCAUGGCUCCAAGCGAUUUGUGAAGGAAAUUCUUGUUCCGACCAAAUCAUGCGGCAGAGGAAACACCAAAAAGAGUCCCAGUUUUUCCGUCGCCGGCACCAGGCGGGGCCCGAGGAUCGGAAAUCGUCAGGCUUGCCGAGAGGAGUACGACGUCGUAAGUGGGGGACCUACGUGGCGGAGAUCCGAGAUCCGAUUCGAAGGGUCCGAAUGUGGCUCGGAACCUACAAUACCGUCGAAGAAGCGCUUUGGCUUAUGAGAAUAAGAGGACGGAGUUCGAAAUCUUGA